AUGUCUUGCUCCGGUGGAGCGGUGUUAGCGGCUCAGCCGAGCCAUGGAAACAGGAUUAUUGCCGAUGAAGACAAGGAAUACCAAGUUGUUUUGCCGCAAUUGCCGACAGGACCCUGCGUUUUGAAUACUGUUUUCCUUCACGGGGAUGUGACCGCUAGGCAUUUACGCACCGAAGAUUUCAGGGACCCGCUGGCUCGUCUGGGACUACUGCCCGAGGUUGUUAGCUUGGGGGCGUUCCAGAUGAACCACGUAUGGGCGGUUACCUUCAGGAGCUCGGAGGCGACGAAGAAAAUGUUGGCGUUCGGCGAAAUUAUGGUGAAAGAAAGAAGGUGCCUAGUGCUGGACCCUGCUAGUCAGGAGGUACGCGUGAAGGUGUUCUGGCUUCUUCACCAUGUCCCGGACGACGAUGUCUGUGCGGCUCUCGCCCCUUAUGGAAAAGCCACUGGCGUGGCGAGACAACGCUGGCGGGUGCAAGGUACCACGGACAAAGGGUCGACAACGCGCACCGUAACCUUGAAGCUCAAGGCUGGCGUGACCAUCGACGAUAUGCCACAUCAGUUUCGAGUGGCCGGUAUGAUGGCACUUCUUCUGGCCCCUGGAAGGGCUCCGUUGUGCUUGAGGUGCAACCGCACAGGACAUAUAAGGCGGCAGUGCCGCGUAUCCCGUUGUGCCCUUUGCCGGCGCUUUGGGCACGAUGAGAGGCAGUGUGUGCGGACGUAUGUGUUCAGCAUAGGACCCGAGGUGUCGACGAUUACGCUGAAGGACGCCUCUGGGGGUGUGAACAAGGUAGGACCGUGGACGCUGAGCCUGUGA